GCAUGGCUCAUGGGACGGGAUGGUGGGAGCGGCAGGCCAAAAUCACAAGAAGUUGUCCGUUCCUGAUGUGUGGGAGGGAAGCACGACUAAACCCUGUGCCAAGAAAUGCCACGAUAGAUAACUACCCUCCUGAACAUGCAGGCCUUCGGUUUAUCGUCAUGAUUUGCAUGUCUGCCAAUGUAUUCCUGCAAUCCAGAAGUGUGAAUCAUUUGUGUCUUUGGCUGGUCGUGCCUCCUGUAACACCUGAAAUGACCCAGCCUUUAGUUUGACAACCGUAAUUGUAUUUAUGAACCUUCUGCUUUACUUGCUAUUUGAACAUGAAGCUAAAAUUUAAUUCUGCGCCUCCUCUCAGUAUAAGGAAACAAUUGUGUCCACAAAAGAUAACCAAGGGUGUUAGCACCUGAAAUUGGGCAGGCUUGGAGACCUCAUGAAAAUCACCCUAAGAAACUCUUCUCACCCAUUCUACAUGCCCACCUUUCUUCCCUAACUGCUCCUCCCCGCGUUUAAUGUCAAGACUCCAAAAAAAGAAAAUAAUACUCAAGUGCAUUUUUAAAAUUGAUGUUGUGUGUGUGCUAUUUUAGGAGACCGAAAGACCAAAAGCAUUCAACACCCCAGCUCCCCUCUCCACAAUGGAUGCAUCUGGCAGUGGUAGCAUGUGGCGACCGGCUGGAAGAAACCCUCGUCAUGCUGAAAUCAGCAAUUCUCUUCAGCCACAGGAAGCUCAAAUUUCACAUCUUCUCUGAGGAUUCUCUGAAGCCUGAAUUUGAGAGGAAAUUACAAGAAUGGCCUCCCUCUUACACAAAGAAGUUUGAAUAUCAUGUCUACCCAAUCUCCUUUUCUGUAGGAAAUUCUCAGGAAUGGAAAAAAUUAUUCAAGCCAUGUGCUGCCCAGCGUCUCUUUCUUCCGAUGAUUUUAAAAGAUGUGGAUUCCCUUCUGUAUGUGGACACAGAUGUCCUCUUCUUGAGACCCAUCGAUGACAUCUGGAACUUUCUUCGAGCAUUCAACUCCACACAGCUGGCUGCAAUGGCACCAGAGCAUGAAAUACCAAAGAUUGGAUGGUACAGCCGGUUUGCUCGCCACCCAUAUUAUGGAACAACUGGGGUCAAUUCUGGGGUCAUGCUGAUGAAUUUAACUCGGAUAAGAAGUACCCAGUUCAAGAACAGCAUGAUACCAGCAGGCUUGACAUGGGAAGAGAUGCUGUACCCUUUAUAUCAAAAGUACAAAAACUACAUUACAUGGGGAGACCAGGACUUGCUCAAUAUUAUUUUCUACUUUAAUCCAGAAUGUCUCUACCUGUUUCCCUGCCAAUGGAACUACCGGCCAGAUCACUGCAUGUAUGGCAGUAAUUGCAAAGGAGCAGAGGAAGACGGCAUAUCCAUUCUCCAUGGGAACAGGGGUGUCUACCAUGAUGAUAAGCAGCCCACCUUUAAAGCACUCUAUGAAGUGAUACGUGACUUUUCCUUUGAAGACAAUCUCUUCCAAUCAAUGUUCUACCCUCUCCAGACAAAAUUCCUCGAUACGGUGCAUACUUUAUGUGGGAGAAUUCCACAGGUUUUUCUGAAACAGAUUGAGAGAACUGUGAAGAAAGAGUAUGAAAGUCGGGUGAUUGUCAACAUUGGGGCCAACUUCAGAUUAUAAUCAGAGCAAUAUCUUUUGACUGGUUUUCAUCUUUCUAUCUUGUCCUCUUCGGGCAUAUUAACAAAAGGAAGUUUGACUGUUUUAAGAUGCUGUCCUGUACACAUUUAGCAGCAAAGAAGCCGCACUGAACUAAAUGGAACUUACUUCUGAGUAGACAUAGCUAGGAUUGUAUGGACAGCUGCAGAUUAAACCAAACUGCCAGGUUGUUCUUGCUGUGGUCUGAUCUAACAGUGUACACAAACUUCAUUGGCAUUCCGUUGCUCCAGCAGGGCCCUCCCCCAGCUCAACAAGAGAGCUAACACUUUCCAAAGCAAUGUUUUUUCCCAGACCAAGAUGUGUCAGCAGAGGGACAAGCUGUUUCCGAUUGCUUUAAGAACCAUUGUCUCCCUGUGCUACUAGCAGUGGGUCCCACUGGAAGCACAGUCGAUUGUCCUAUGAGUGUGGUGGUAAUGAAAGAGGCUAUGAUUGAACAGCUUAAACAUUUUUAAAGUGCAAUCAGAAUUCUUUCGAAAUGAUUGUGAGAGGUUAUUUGAAUCCUGUUCCCUUGUUGAGAGAUCACAGGACCCAGAGGCUGGACAACUCUCAUUGAUCUAAAGGACCUUUCAGGGUAAAGAGAGAUGGUAUUUGGUACAUUAGGCCAUUAUUUUUAAGUUUCAGCUGCCCAGGAAAGCAAGUGGCUUGAAGUGAGUAGCAGCAGAUAUUGUAUGAACUCUGCGUUUUGCUGUGUAAUCCUAUGAGAAGGAAUUCCUGUCUUGUCUUCAAAGUCAUUCUUUGCACUUGAAAAUGAUGGUGCUGAUUAUGCUUUCAGGUGUCACUUAAGUCUUAAAUGGCUGAGAAGGGCAAUGCUUAACUCCUCAUUGAAUGCAUCCUUGUUGUUCUGUUUACGUUCUAAACAUUCAUAGUAUGUUGGAACUUGGGACUAGCAUCUGGGCAAGUGCCUGUGUGGUUCAAACAUUUGCAAGCUUGCAGAGUAGCCCCUGAGCCAGCCACAGGAAAACUGGUUUCCAGCAGGAAUACUACUACGGGGAUAGAUAAUCUGGAAAUGAGCUCCUUGCUGUGGGACAAAGGCAACACUGAGGGAAUUUCAGCAUGGCUGCAUUGCGCUGCCACGUGGAGACCAGGCUGACUGUCAUCUUCCUGGCAACAAGGGUGCUGUCGCGGCUGCAUCUGCUGCUGCUGUCCAGGUGCACACAGGAGCUUGUAAUUCCACUGGGAUGUCCCUGUAAGUCCCAUUGGAGUGAAGUGGAACUGCCUAAGAAAAGACCUGAUUGGUGCAUAUCAGCCAUUCAUGGGUAAAAAAAAUAUCAUUGAAUCAAUGAGGCUGUAAGGAGUGCACAACUGUCUCCCUCCUACUUCUUAUGUCUGUUUUGCAUUGGCUUGUUGAAGCCUAGAAGUGCCCAUCAAGAAACAAGGGCUCAUUUCCCAUCUUGAGUGCCAGGCUUGGAUGGCACAACCAGCAACCCCAGAACAGGGGCAUCUUGGGUAGUUUUGGCAAGCUGAUGCAAAGUCAUCCAUGCAGGGGAGGCAAUGUGUUUGGUCAUUCAUGGAUUGCCAUUAUGUGCAAAUUUGGCUAAGUGCUCAUGUUCAGUUAUUAUGCUUCUGCAAUUCCACGUAGUUCACCGAGGGAAUGUUCUUGGGGAAUAGGUUGUGAAAGGAAAUGGAUGCAGGGUGGGAGACACAUUAGGCUAGGCCACAGUGGCUGAAAUCUACAGUAGAUUUCAUAUCUACAGAAUUUCCUUCUGAAAUUAUGUUCUGCAUGGUGCUCUGUCUAUGGCUAUGUUUUUACUAUUUUUGUUAAAAUUUUGUUUAAAAUAAUCUUACAGAGGGAUAUUUAUGCCAUUAUUUCAGUGCACUUCGGACAUUGGAUCAAAAAUGCAACAUCAUCUUUUUUGCCAUUUUGAAAAUGAUGGCUAUGAGCUGUGGCAUUUAUGGCAAAUGCUUACCAUCCUCUUCCCAUUUCUUAUCAAAUCAUUUCCUGAACUAAGACCAUAUAGCGUGAAUGAGAUGCACUUUUAAACUGAAAGCAGUUUAAACCUUUUUCUCCCACCACCACCAAGUAGCAGUAGCUGCCCGACAUAGAAUGACCAUGCUGUGCCAGGAAGAACACAGAGGCUGAGACCACCUGCCUGAACUUCUCACUUCUGACAGGCCAAAACCAAAAAAAAACCCACAUGAAAUAUGUUUGUCUUCAGACAUGCAUUAUAUACCAGCCUGAAUUUAAUCGUCUUUCAUGUACCAAGCUUCCGAUGGGACUCUGCUACAUUUGUUUUCUUUUUAAAAAGGAUCAAAUCCACUUUUCCAUUUUGCAUGCACAGAACUCUGUUUUGGAACGUCUUGUGCAUGAGUUAUAAAAGAAUCCUCUGCAGACUUAGCAGAGUAGAUCUGCACAUUUCCUUCCCAUAUGCAAAGUGUUGUGUGUAUGAAAAUUGCCAAAAUAAUGCAAAAAGGUAACUCCAGAUAGACUGUGCACAUCUUAAUGCAGGGGUGAAAGUUACAUUUGCAAGAGCUUCUUCUGAACUGGAGGAGGUGAGCAACUAAUUUUCAGGGGCUCAUACAGGCAUUUGAGUUAAAGUACCCCUAGUCUUGGUAAGUCUCUGAUGUGGGAACUUACAAAGCACAACUGUCAAUACUAGCAGAUGCUAAGUCGUGUAUUGGGGGAGAAUUUAGGGACCAAAGGCACUAAAAUAGCCGUUUCCAAACCGUUUUUCUCCUGACCUCUUGUACUACUGCCCCUAUCAUUCCCUGUGCCCCUGGUGGCUGGGGAUGAUGAGAGUUAUUUUUCAUGUUGGAGACAGCUGCACCAAAAUAUCACCAGUGAUAACAGAACAAGCAGCAGUACCAGUAUACUGCCUGACCAGUGUUUCUGCCAAGAAGUAUAAUCUGUAAUUUCAAUUUAUUACCUCCUGUGGGACAGAAAAGAGGACAUUUUCUCACCGCAAAUGUUUACCCAGCCAAUGAGCAUAACAGCCCCUGUUGGUGCUAUUUUCUUGACAUGAGUGGAUAGGAUUGUAUAGGACUGUUUGCGAAGAAACAAGAGACUCUUGCCUCUAAAGUCUCCUUAGCUUCUUAAGGUGACGUGAAACUCUUUGGUCGUGAUGCAUCACAGUGUUAAGUGUCCUUAAAUCCAUUAAUCUCGACAGGUUUAAGUAUACUUAGUUCUGUGAAGGACUGUAUCCUUUGUCAUCUUUGCAGCAACAGAUUAACCAGCUCCUUUUCUGGAAUGAGUCCAGUGUAUUGGAGCAGCUGCACUGCUCACUAAUAAUUUCCUUCUUGAAUGAAAAUGAUACAGAAUGUCUGGUUGUUUCACCUGUGAAAUCCUAGGAACAGAAUAUCUGCUGCCAUUUCGGGGAAAAAAAUCUGUCUGGGUUACAGUUCCUUGCCUUUAAUAGUAUCUGUGCAGUGAGCAGAAUUUAAUUGGCCACUGCAUCGCUCUCAUUGCCACGCACCCUCGUGAGGAAUGCCGCACCAUAGACCUUCUCUCUGCCUCGGCACAGUUAUAUGCGCAUGCAGAAUAGUCUGGUAACUAAACAAAAACUAGGGCCCACCUGCCAAAAUGUAGUAUGGAAAUUUUCCAGGCAGAUGGAGCAGAACCUUUGUGGUUGCUUUAUUGAUACCUGAAGAUGGGCCUGUGACGUGUUUCAACGUUUCCUAAGGGACAGUAAAUGGAUUAGAAAGCCUUUAAGAACACAUGAAAAAACACACUGCUUACAUGUGUAGGUGCCACAAGACAAAAAGUUAACUGAACACAUGUUAGGAAAGUGUAUCAGGCCAGUGAUACUAGAAGAAUAAAGGCAAACUCUGUGUUCACCUUACCACAUCCCUCUUUGUGGUUCAGUAUGAUUUCUGGAGGCCACAAAACUUGAACUACUUCCUUAUUUGCACCUUAAAAAAUUAAAUCACUCAUGAUCUGCACUUACAGUGUAAGAGUUUAGAUUUAUCUGCACUAACAGUGGGUAGGAAGAUUCACUUUUCUUUCAGAUGCUAGUGGAUGGAGUUCUUUGACAAGUAUCAGAAAGUCAAGUCAAGUCAUGGAGGAAGCCAAAGUGCUUCUGAGACAGAUGUUUCCAUUUCUAUUAUAUGUCAUAAGAUGUCUGGAUGACACCCAAGAGCAUGCCCAUGCCUCAGUAGAAAGCUCUGCAUUGAACUUGGGUGUUCUCCAGUGUCUGCACAGAGGGAACUCUAAAAUUGGUGUUGCUGACUAUUCUGCAGAUGAGCAGAAUUUGAGCAUUUUUCUAGUAAACAGAGCCCAAUGCUUGGAGAUGAGGACGUGUCACACUUCUUUGUAAUCAAACAAUGGAUGCCAGUCACCUACCUUCUGUUUCCAGUUUCAAGCCUGUAAUCCUUUUUAUGUAUUCAAAGCUCCUAUGCAGAAGUUGUGUUCCAGUUAUAUUGUUACAGUAAACUAAAGGAUGUGGGUUCCUACAUAAUGAAGGAAGCGAAGGACUGAACUUUGUUGUAGAAGAAAGCAUGAUCUCUUAUUGCUUGAUAUGUUUACAGAUGUGAGCAAUGUUGUGUGUUUGGGAAUUUGAAACAAAUAUGUGGCAACAUUUUCUUCAGUGCUUCUAUCUGAUGAAGGAUUUUGUUUAACAUUAAAACUUUUCUGUACAAUAUUAAUGGAAUUAUGAAAGAAUUUUUUCAGUGUGCAUUGUAGUAUUGUAUGUGUGUAUUGUUGGAGGAGAAACUGUAAAGGUUUUAAAGAAAUUUUUAAACAAUUAUAUAAAUAUAUCUACUUUUAAAUGCUUUGCCUGUGUAGCAUAGUAAUUUAUGCUUUCAGGACUGUAUCACAUUUUAUUUUUAACACCAGUUUGCUUUUCAACAUAUAUAUGUCUUCUCCAAACUGAGUUCUUUAUAAUUAGAUAUCACCUAUAAAAUACUGGUGGUAAACAA